AGUAAGUACUAUGAAUCUGACUGUUUACAAAAAUGCCAUAAUAGUAUAGCAUAGUCCUUUGUACAGUGUUGGCUCUUCAUUGAGAGACUUAUGACAAUUCUGGGAUUUGCAGUACUGUACCUGCAUAGAAUUCCAGGUACAGUUUUUACAUGCUAUCAUAAAAUAUAGCUCUACUCGUUAUCGUUUAUUAUUCCCAAGCGUGUUUUUCCAAUCGAUCGCGAGCAAUGCGGGGAUCUCCCGAAAGGUCAAGCGACAAAUCGAUGUAAAAUGAAGCAGCCUGUUACGUAUAGAAAUACUGCUCCACCAACAUUUAUCCUGCUAAUUCCACCAAAUAGGAGUUUUGCCAUUCCAUAAUAAACGUGGGAAAUGCAGCGGCAUUAUAAAACAAUCCAGUGCUUCUACCUGUGGAAUAUGCCACUACGACUGGCAAUGAUUCUGACUGGAUGCAAGAGUGACGUUUUGCAGUGCGGAACAACCCUGACAUGCCCGUCAACGGACAAUACUGACGGUCCCGAGGAUGGUGCGUAUUGUUGCAAAAAGGCGCCGCUAAAUGACAGCGCGUUGCUGGUAUACUGCUGCGAUUUCUCAACAUAUGUCCAAUACAGUACCGGCUUGCGCUUAAUGGAAUUCUUUGGAAUCUUUCUCGGAUGCAUGGUGGUCAUCAUCUGCGGCGGAGUGAUGGUAUGUUACUUGUUCGGAUGGCUUUGUUUUCGGCCACAUUUGCCUUUCUCGACACACAAUCAAUAGAGAAUAUUCUUCAACGGCUAUAAUGUACUCGUACAUGGCUGAUAAAUAAAUCAUUUUGCAAAAAUCCUUUCAUUUCGUUGGUUUUUGUACGGUUACGAAUCCAAUCAACGGGAAAGAGUGCAAUGUUUCACGUGUGUGCCGGGCACAGCCUGCUAAUUUUUAUUCACAUUCAAACCUUUUUGUCAUAAAAUUAACAAUGAAAUC